UACCCACUUCGGGAGUGGGUGCAGAGGCUCAAUGACGCGGGUCUGAUGCUCCAUUUCGGAUCCUGGCUCCCGAGAUGAGCGAUCCAUUCGGCACACGGCUUUGGAGAUUGUGGGAAAUAGAUCCCAGGUCGCUCCCAGCCAUUCCUGGGGAGCCGAGGCUCCCGCUGCAGUUUUUCUAUCGAGUCCUUAAUUGAACCAAGCUGCUGCUGGGCCAGGGCCUGAGGCCUAGCCAGCAUCCAAUGGAGGAUAAGAAGAAGAAAAGGAGUCCCAAGCCCUGCCUGACCCAGCCAGCCCAGCCCCCAGGCACACUACGCAGGGUCCCAGUGCCCACCAGCCACAGCGGCUCCUUGGCCCUGGGACUCCCUCAUCUGCCAUCCCCCAAGCAGCGGGCCAAGUUCAAGAGGGUCAGCAAGGAGAAAUGCCGCCCAGUGCUGGCAGGAGGUGGGGGUGGCUCUGCAGGCACCCCCCUGCAGCACUCGUUCCUGACCGAGGUGACCGAUGUCUAUGAGAUGGAAGGUGGGCUGCUGAACCUGCUCAAUGAUUUCCACUCAGGCCGGCUGCAGGCCUUCGGGAAGGAAUGCUCCUUUGAGCAGUUGGAACACGUGCGGGAGAUGCAGGAGAAGCUGGCCCGGCUGCACUUCAGCCUGGACGUGUGUGGAGAGGAGGAGGAGGAGGAGGAGGAGGAGGACGGGGUCACUGAGGGGCUACCUGAGGAGCAGAAGAAGACGAUGGCUGACCGCAACCUGGACCAGCUGCUUAGCAAUCUGGAAGAUCUCAGUAAUUCUAUGUAUCCUUUCAAGGGGACUUGACAGUGUUUCUAUCAGAAGUAGUGCGGGUGCACGCUCCUGCAUGAUCUAAAGCAAAAGCGAAGGGGGUAAGGCACCUAGCAAGAAGGACAGGUGAGGACUGCAACCCCAGACCACGGAGCACUCCAGAGUCCCUGGCCCCUGCCCUUUUGCGCAGUCGGGGAAACUGAGCCUGUGCAGGUUGGGAAAAUAGGGCUGCAAGGACCCGGGUCCAGAGCAUCACAAUCCUUGACAGGCACAGACAGAAGCUGCACCUGGCUGAGAACGCCGAGCCUGAGGAGCCGUCAGCUGUGUAGGUGUCGGACCCAGGCUCAGACCGCCCCUUCUCAUUCCCUUCAAACUGUGACUUUUUACGGACUCGAUUGGGUGUUCCGCGGCCCCCCCAGGUGCUAUGGGGGAGGGGGGCAUUGGAUGGAAUUAAACCAUAAAGAAAGAAA